AUGUCUCUCGCAAACAGAGCCGUGCGCUGCGCCUUACGCUCUCAUGCCUGGCCAUCACGCGCACUUCUUGCACCGGCCACCGUCCAGGCAUUAAGCGAACCACUUUCUUGCCGACUGUUCCACAGCACACAUCGACAGAACGUCGAGCAAAAGCCAACCACUAUUGAUCCCAAGAAAAACGCUGCGACCGAGAUCGUGCCGCCUAGAGAAACCAACUUCGGCAAAGCGCAAUUUGCCGACUUUAACUUGAAGGGCCGGACUUUUAUCGUUACAGGUGGCGCUCAGGGGCUUGGACUGAGCAUUGCGGAAGCACUUGCCGAGGCCGGGGGUAAAGUCUAUUGCCUGGAUAGGCAAGAAAAUCCUCAUGAAGAAUACGCCGAGGCACUUGCCCGAGUUGUGCCGGAAUGGGGAGGUUCUCUUCAGUACAGAAAAGCCGACGUUGUGGAUACCAAAGGACUCGACAAGAUCAUCACCGAAAUCGCCGACGAGAAUCAGAGAAUCGACGGAUGCGUAGCAGCUGCAGGAAUCCAACAAAUUACACCAGCGGCCGACUACAGCGUUGAUGAUGUGAACAAGAUGCUAGCCGUCAACUACACAGGUGUCUUCAUGACCGCAACGUCCGUUGCACGCCAGAUGUUCAAGUACAAGACCCGCGGCAGCAUCUGCUUCAUCGCCAGCAUGUCGGGGUUGAUUGCAAACCACGGCCUGCUGUCCCCGGUCUACAAUUCUUCCAAGGCUGCAGUCAUUCAAUUGGCGCGGAAUCUCGCAAUGGAGUGGAGUCCUAUCACGGAGGAAGGAACUGGUGGUGUUCGAGUAAACUGCAUCAGCCCGGGUCAUAUCAUGACGCCGAUGGUGGAGAAAAACUUUGAAGAGAUCCCAGGCUUAAAGAAAGAGUGGGAGAGCCUUAACAUGUUCGGCCGGUUGGCGGAGCCAAAAGAAUUCAAGGGUGCAGCUCUUUUCUUGAUGGGCAACGCUAGUACGUUUAUGACGGGUAGCAACCUGGUCAUUGACGGUGGUCAUACAGCGUGGUGA